AUGCAAGCUGCAGCCAAAUCCGCUUCAGCUGGGGAAACCAGAAAGUCAUGGACGAAUUUUAAUCGACCUGUUAGUCCAAAUGUGCAGCCAGCCCCUACCAGCUUUAAAAAGUCAUGGCACCAGCUGUUUAGUCGUUCAGCAUCAGUCUCCCCUUGUCCUGAUGCUACAACUUCAGCUCGUGAUAUGAACCAGAAGCCAGAACCAAAUGGAGUGCAAAUAAGCAAUGCUCAUACAUUUCUAUCUCAGUAUCCUCCUCUGGACAGCAAGCCAAAUUCAAGCCAGUCCAUGCAAUUUCCAGGUUUUCCACCGCUUAAUGGAGCACCUCCCAAUAAGCCACUACCUCAUUUUCCUGCUGGACAUAUGCCUUUCUAUGAUGAUGCAGAAUCUGUGGUAUUUGAAGAUUCAGAACAGUUUGAGGACCCAUGCUAUGAUCCAGAUGCAAUCGCAUUGCUUGGGCCAGUUUCAGAGUCUUUAGAUAACUUCCCUCCAGACUUGGAUUGUGGAUUCAUCUCGAGUGAUGUCGCCAAGAAAUCACAUGGGAGGCCUUCACCAAUUGAGUCUCCUCUCUCUAGAUCUCGUAUGGUUGAAGAAAAGCCUAUCAAGCCCCUGCACUUAUUAGUUGCAAAAAGGCCUGGUGGUCCUAUUCAGCCUGAGGCUAGCAGUGAGCAAGGCACAUGGCAAAUGUGGAGCACGCCAUUGGUUCAUGAAAGUUUAGGUCUCCAAGGCCCUCAGAGUCAGUGGCCUCGACAGACAAAUCAAUUAAACUAUAGUGGCAAUCUUUUCAAUGGUGGAACAAAAGGCCCCCUGGGUACUGGUUUGAAUGACAGUGAUCCAUGGCUGCAGAAAGCACCUUUCCAGCGAUUGCCACCUGAUACACCAAGCCUGUUCCUUCCACAUGAAAUACCAGGGAAAUUACGCAAUGACUUGGUUUUUGGGUCUCCAAACAAAUCAGCACAUGAACACCCCUUUGGACCACCUGGUCCUUCUUGGCCCAAGGAGGAGCUGAUACUGAAUGGAGCCCAGGAAGGUGGCGGCCAAUUUUCAUUGCCAUCCAGCGCACCUGUUGGAGGCGGAGGAGGCUUAUUUUGCUCGCCAAGUCCCGAUGUACAGUCCUCCGUGUGGAAGAAAGCAAGUAAGAAGAAACCAGCCAAGGUUGGGAGGAAGAAGGCCAAGACAUCUGGUGGUGAUGAAGCACUAACUCUAAGAACAAGAACAGUAUUGGCAAGAGAAGCAUCAGCAAAAGCUAAGAGGGAGGCCCUAGAAGCACAAAUGAAGGCAGAAGCAGCAAGGGAACUAGCAGAAGCAACAUCAAGGGAGGAAAUGGAAGUUACAAGAAAUGAAUUUGAAGCAGCAAGGGAAGAAGAAGGAGGCCUGGAACUAAUGGCUUUGGAAGCUGUUCUACCAGAAACACCAAUUAGAAGGGCACUGUUUGCACAAGAUGAAGUCCAACCUGAGCCUACGAAGAAAAUUACACCAAGGAGGAAGCAGUUAGCAACUAAAGUGAAGAAAACUCCACCACCUAAGAAGAAUGGAGAGAAGGACAAGGGCAAGGGCAAGGCCAAGGCCAAGUGA